AUGGACGACUACGACGAGUUCGGCAACUACAUCGGCCCUCUUUCAGAUUCAGAUCUCGGAUCAGAAGAUGAGCAGUCACAAGAAUACCAUCAAGCGCCGCCACCCCUCGAAGAGCCUACUCCCCUCGAAGGGUACGACGAUGACCAGGACGACGAAGAGCGUCUCGCCAAUAUGGAGCUUGACGAGGAUGGCAACAUCGCGCCGCAACACGCGUUGAUACGCGUAGACGAGUCGGUGUCGAAUGCUGUGGUUUUGCACGAGGACAAGCAGUAUUACCCCUCUGCCGCUGAGGUGUACGGCGAAGAUGUCGAGACCAUGGUGCAGGAGGAAGACGCACAAGCGCUCUCGGUACCUAUCGUAGAACCCGUCAAGAUUCGUCGUUUCGCCGUGCAAGAACAAGGCUUGCCGGAGACUCGCUUCGACAGAAGCUUCUUGACCAGCCUCAUGGGAUUCCCGGACAUGGUGCGAAAUGUAGCGGUGGUGGGCCAUCUGCAUCACGGAAAGACGAGUUUGCUGGAUACGCUCGUGUACGAAACGCACAAGACAGAAGUAGACAUGGACACGCAUCUGCGCUAUACAGACUCGCAUUUGCUGGAACGAGACAGAGGCAUUUCGAUCAAGAGCGCGCCGCUCUCGCUGGUGCUGGAAGGAACGAAACGCAAAUCAUACCUUUUGAACCUCAUCGACACACCAGGGCACACCAACUUCCAAGACGAAGUCGCAGCGGCGUGCCGUCUCGCGGACGGAGUCGUACUCGUCGUCGACGUGGUCGAGGGCGUCAUGUGCAACACCGUCCAGAUCAUCCGUCAUUGCAUCCGUCAACAGCUUCCCAUCGUCCUGAUCCUCAACAAGCUCGAUCGUCUUGUCCUCGAACUGCGGCUCCCACCCAACGAAGCGUACUACAAGAUUCGACACGCCAUCCAAGAAGUCAACAACUGCAUUGCUUCCUUCGAUUCCAACCCCGCGCUUCAGCUCGGACCUGAACGCGGCAACGUAGCUUUCGCAUCGACGCAGAUGGGUUACUGCUUCACGCUGCGCAGCUUUGCCAAGUUGUACGCGGAAACGUAUGGCGCCGGCGUCGAUGUCGACGCUUUCGCUCAACGAUUGUGGGGCAACAUCUACUACAAUGCGGAGUCUCGCAACUUUUCGCGGAAGGCGCCGGACGCAGAAAGCAAGAGGUCCUUCGUGCACUUUAUCUUGGAACCCUUGUACAAGAUCUACUCGGCGGUGCUGUCGUCGGAUACAGAUUCGCUCAAGAAGACAUUGGCAGGGAUGGGCAUCCGACUCAAGCCGGCGGUGUUCAAGGUGGAUGUGCGACCACUGCUCAGGAUUGUGCUCAACGAAUUCUUUGGUCCGUCGCAAGGGUUGGUCGAUUUGGUCGUGGACAACAUCCCCUCGCCAAGGGAGGCUGCUGCCCAAAGACUAGAACAGUGCUACACAGGCCCACGAGAGGGUGCCAUCUACCAAGCUAUGGCAGCAUGCGACGCGGAUGCACCGCUCGUGGUGCAAGUCACCAAGCUGUACCAGACCAUCGAUGCGCAAGAAUUCCGUGCAUUUGGACGAGUCAUGUCCGGCACUGCACGACCAGGGAUGAAAGUCAAAGUUCUCGGCGAAGGCUUCUCGCAAGACGACGAAGAAGAUAUGGUCCUCGCCACGAUUCAAGACGUCAGCAUCAACGAGACACGCUACGUCGUGCCCACCGACGGCAUCUCCGCCGGCAACUGGGUCCUCCUAUCCGGAGUCGACGCAUCACUUACCAAAACCGGCACCAUCGUCGACGCCUCCCUGCCCACCGAAGACCUCUCCAUCUUUGCUCCGAUCGAACACAUGACGCAAUCGAUCCUCAAAGUAUCGGUCGAACCUCUGAACCCAUCCGAACUGCCAAAGAUGCUCGAGGGACUUCGUCGCAUCAACAAGAGCUACCCGCUCGCGGUGACGAAGGUGGAGGAGUCGGGCGAGCACGUCAUCGCGGGCACUGGCGAGCUGUACCUCGACUGCGUGCUGCACGAUCUGCGCGUUCUGUUUUCCGAGAUAGAGAUUCGGGUCUCCGAUCCCGUGGUACGGUUCUGCGAGACGGUGGUGGAGACGUCUGCGGUGAAGUGCUACGCGUCUACGCCGAACAAGAAGAACAAGCUGACGAUCAUCUGCGAGCCGUUGGAGAAGGGGAUUGCGGAGGACAUCGAGUCCGGGCUGUUGGAUAUCAAGAUGCCGCCGAAGCAGUUGGGCAAGGUGCUGCAGGAGAAGUACGGAUGGGAUCUGUUGGCGAGUCGAAGCGUGUGGGCUUUCGGACCGGAUGAACGCGGAGCCAACGUCUUGGUCGACGACACGCUUCCGUCCGAAGUCGACAAGAAACUUCUCUAUGCGGUCAAGGAGAGCAUCACGCAAGGCUUCCAGUGGGGUUGUCGAGAGGGACCGCUAGCGGACGAGCCUAUGCGCAACAUCAAGUUCCGCAUCCUCGAUGCCACUCUCGCCCCGGAACCGAUUCACCGCGGUGGAGGUCAGAUCAUCCCCACCGCACGCCGAGCCUGCUACGCCGCCCUCCUCCUCGCGACCCCCCGAGUGAUGGAACCCAUCUACGAAGUCGAAGUUCAAACCCCUGCCUCUGGCAUCGCAGCCGUCUACACGCUGCUCGCCAAACGACGCGGACACGUGGUCAAAGACACUCCGAAACCCGGUUCCACGCUGUACACCGUCCAAGCGUACAUCCCCGUGAUCGACGCGAAUGGGUUCGAGACGGAUCUGAGGAUAGCGACGCAGGGUCAGGCGUUUGCGAUGAUGUUCUUCAGCCAUUGGAGCAUAGUACCUGGCAAUCCGACGGAUGCUGCGGUCAAGUUGAGACCGUUGGAGCCGGCUCCGAUGCUGGGGCUGGCGAAGGACUUUGUGGUCAAGACGAGGAGGAGGAAGGGUCUGCCGGAGGGGGUGGCGGUGGCGAGUUAUCUGGAUGCAGAGAUGACGGUGGCGUUGGCUCAGGCGGGAAUCGAGAUGUAG